UUCAAGGCUAUCUUUGAGAGUGAAAAAGAGAAACUUAUGAGUUGUUAAGAGGCUGAGGAGAUUUUAGUUGCAAACAAAAUCUGAACAACGUCAUUAAAUAUUCAAUAAGUUGCAGUUACAACACAAACUUUUGUUCAUUAUAAUUUUCAUAUUUAUUAAUAUUGAUGAUGUUUUGAUUAGAACACACACAAUAUGACAUCCAAAUUUUGCAAAGUAACCCCUUCUUCAAAAUUGGCAAGUGAACGCAUCAAUACGUUAGUUCCAAAUGCAUCCACAAACUUAGAAGAAAUGAAUACAUUUUUGGUGAUUAAAAGUUAAGAGCACUACUCUUUUAUGGUCCUAUUAUGUUUUAGCUCACUAGAAUUUUGGCAACCCACGUAUGAAACCAUUUUUUUGCGGGUGAAACCAUUUUUCUUUCAUAAGCUUGCAAAUAAAAAAGGACUUUGAUAAGUGUCACACGUGUGGCAAGAACACAUGGCAGCUCCUAACAUUUUUUAGGUAAGUUUAGUGACGCGAGGAUGGCAGCUUCCUUUUCGUAUGGCAAGUUUUAGUUUUUUUAGGUUUAUUUUUCUUUUCGGAUGACAAUUUUAGUUGUAAAAAAAAUAUCAGGACCGGAUUGCUUCAUGUCACAUGUGUGGCACUUAUUAUUUGAGAUAAAAAAUUAUUCACACAUUUACGCAUAAGAAAUUUGGAAAAUGCUCUUUCGGAAGCUCAAAAACUUUACUCAGUUGCGCGGCCCGCAAGUUUUCUUGACUAGUCUUUUCACGCGGCCUCUUCUAUCCUAAAACAUGACGGCGAGACCCAGCCAAACCCCCGCGAUUUCAUCUCCUCCAAACCCAACUGCCGCCGGCGCCCGCUCCUUGUCGCCCCCGCCAUGCCGCCGCGCAAGCGCCCGCUGGAACCUUCCCCGGGCACGCCAGCCCAACCGGACGUCAAGCCCGUCAUAUCUCCGGCUUCCAAAUCCACCGACGACCCCGCCUCCGCACCGGAGGUUCAGCCCCCUGCCGCCAUCCUGAACAACCUCAAGGGGCCGGAGCGGGAGGUCUACGAGCGCAUCUUCGCGGCGGGCAACAAGGGCAUGUCGAGCCAGGACCUCCGCUACGCGUUGAAGCUGACUGCCCCAACCCUCAACAAGCUCACCCGCGCCCUCGUCCAGCGGGGUAUCCUCAAGGAGGUCACGGAAGUCCGGCCCCGCGGGAAGAAGGUCUUCAUGGACUUCAGCAUGGAGCCCUCUCCCGAGAUCACCGGCGGAACCUGGUACCACAACGGCCAGCUCGACACCGACACCGUGGCGGCCGUGCGCCGCAGGUGCCUCGACCAGAUUGACAGGCUCGGCGCCGCCACCCCGGACAUGGUCCACAAUGUCGUCGAGAGGGAAGACCCCAGCGCAGGGUACGCGAUCGACCAUGUGUCCACAAUGGCGCAAUAAGCCGCGGCGAGGUGUCGAACGAGCCGGGUGCGUGUAUGGGCGCGCGCCGGGCACGUUGGACGCGUCGGGUCCGUGGCGUAGGUGUGCGUGUGUGAGUGCGUGAGCCAGCGCGUGUGCGCGCGGGGCCAUGCUGUGUGUUAUUUGGCGCAGCGGGCGCGGGUGUAGACCACGUCGGGCGCUGGACCUGGUCGCGCGGAUCGCGUGCGUGCGCGGCGGGAGCGCGGGGACGUGGGGGAGUGCGUGAAGGGGGGCGCGUCGGGGGCGCGGUGGGGUGCGCCGAUGGACGCAGAUAUAAACUCCCUCGCACCCGUGUGUUGUAGGCAGUGGAGGUGACGAGUACGAGCUCGGGAACAGGCGUUGUUGCGCCGGGGAAAACCUCACCGUGUCUUCUGUCUGCUCCAUCUUCCUCCUUCCUCCUCGUUUUCAUUGGUGCGAGCCACGGCCGGAGAGAGAGAGAGACCAGUGCAAGGGAGGAGAGGGCUAGGGCUAGGGCUAGCCGGUUCCAACAUUUUGCAGCAGAAUUCUUGCUUUGUAGUAUGAAUUCAGAAAUUGUAUCUGAAUGUUACAUUUUUCUGUUGAUGAAACUUGUAAGCUUGCUUAUGUACUGUAGUCCGAAUUCAGAGGCUGUAACCAUUUAAAAACCACAGCGUGAGCUCCCUUGCAAUGUUUGGUGUAUCUCAAUCAUUGACAACACAGAAAGUCAAAAUUCUCUCCUAACAUUAUCUUUGGUGAGCUCUUUUGCAGUCACCCAAU